UCUCUCUCUCUCUCUCUCGAUCGAGUUUGCUCCAAUGGGAAACCCUGAAGCAGACUCUUCUAAUAUCCACCAAGACCAAGCAGAUUACAAUGUCCAAAUUCAGUAUAACGUCCAGGUAUCAUACGAUGAUAACAGCAAUGACCCGGCUUACUGCGAUCUGAACCCGCAACCUGACCAGUCGUAUCAGCACCUCCAAUUGGGCGACGACAACGGCCCGAAUCCACGAUACCAGCAAAAUGAUGCUGCAAAUAACCAGCAGCAGCAACAGUUCCAACCACCACUGCUGCAACAGCAACAGUUCCAACCACCUCAGCAGCAGCAGUUUGGCGAUGCGCAGAAUGCGCCGCCGCCGCCGCAAUUCAACCAGCCCUAUGCUGCGGCACCGCCCCCUCGGCCUGUGGCGCAGUUCCCGCCACAAAGCCCUCAAAUGAACCCAGCCAAUGCAAAUCACGGGGCUUAUCCGCCACAGCAGCAGCCAUACUACCCUCCAACGGCGGCGGCACCUCAACAGCAACCACAAUAUGCUCAACAGAGCGCACCCCAGGCUUACCCUCCGAACUCGCCACCACCAAAGCCGUAUCCUCCUUCGCCAGCUUAUCAACAACAUCCGGCGGCUCAGCCUGUGCAGUUCCCACCGCCGGCAGGUGGAGAAGCGCAGUAUGCCACGGUGCCGCCUUUGCUGAUCAAGCCGGCAUUCCAGGGGUACAACAGUGCAGCUCAGGGCAUUCCAAUGCAGGCGAACAUGAUGGGGAGCGUCAACACCGAAGGAUGGAGGACGGGGCUGUUUGAUUGCAUGGACGAUCCCAUGAACGCUGCUACAACGUUGUUCUUCCCAUGCUUGACGUUCGGCCAGGUUGCAGAGAUCAUCGACAACGGCACGACCUCCUGUGCGAUGGGUGGAAUGAUGUACGGGCUGAUCGGCGCCUUACUUUGGAUGCCAUGCAUCUACUCAUGCACGUACCGAUCGAAGCUCAGGAGCAAGUUUGGGCUGGUGGAGUCGCCUGCUCCGGAUUGGAUCGUCCACUUCCUGUUCGAGCCCUGUGCUCUUUGCCAAGAGUACAGAGAACUUAACCGCCGAGGCUGGGACCCCGCCAUUGGAUGGUUGGGCAACGUUCAAAAACAACAGCAGAUGCAGCAGCAGCCACAGGUUGCUACGACGCCCCCCGUGAAUCAAACAAUGAUGGCUUGACGAGUUGUGAUGUUUUAAAAAUGUUCAUGCCCAAAAUUCUUGGGUCAUCUUUUGAGUUCCUUUGAUUUUAAGGUUGUCCUACCCAAAAAAAAUGUUGCUGAGAAUUGUAGUGGGAUCAUUUCUUGUUCUAAAGUAUGGUAUGCCAUUGUAAUGGAAUGGUUGAAUUAACAGGUUAUAAUUGUU